AUGCUCUCGCGACAAUUCACGACCAGUGCCAGGCUCCUGAAACGCGCGGCAUCUUCGACUCUCCCGGCGCGCUUGGCCGCAGUAUCAUCCUCGUCACCACCACAGGUCUUUGACUCCGAUGAGAUCUCGGACCGCAAGUCUCGAUUCGUCGGACAUGCCGCCAAGGUCAAGACGUUGGAGGAGGUGCGCGGGUUCGUCGAGGAGCUGCUCGCCGACAAGCGGAACAAGAGGGCGAGUCAUCCGGCCAUGCUUGCCUGGCGACUCGAAGACGAUAGCGACUUCGGAAAGCUGACCUCAGGUCACGACGACGACGGCGAGUCUGGUGCAGGUCGCGUGCUCCUCUCCCUGCUCGAGAGUACAGAUGCGCGGGGCGCCGUAGCAGUCACAAGAUGGUACGGCGGCACACCCCUCGGCCCCGCGCGAUUCCGGCACAUUGGCGCAGCGGGGCGCGAAGCGCUACUGAAAGCAGGAAUAAUCAAGAAGUGA